AUGCUGUUACAAUUGACACCUUCCUCCAUCUUGAGAGCUUUAACUAAUAUGUGUUCCCCAUGUUCACUUUCCUCCUCACAGCAUUCCCACCACCGCUCCACCAUGUGGCAUCCGAUCUCAUGGACACCACGUGCCCAGUGGUCACCCAAGCACUUAAAGCUGGUCACUGUCUACGUGCUGGUGCUCUUGGUGUCACUCAGCUUUGCUUCAGGACAGAGCAGGCCAUUUAAACAUCAGAUAGACAACAGAAGUCCUGAGAUUGAUCCUUUUUGGUACGUGGGCCGUGGUGUUCGCCCCAUCGGUCGGUUUGGAAAGAGGCAGCUGAGAAGCAGCCACGGCAGCCUGAGGCCUGUGAGCAAGCAGCUGGAUUUUAUCUUGAAUGCUUUAUGGAAGGAAAAAGUCUCAGAGACAGAAGAUAAUGACUGGUGA